GGACUGAGCUCCGGAGUUGUCGAGCGGCCGGAGAGAAGCUGGAGGGGCUCGCUGGGAGCUGAGCAGGUGCCUCCCCCCGGUGCCCGGGUCGGUCGGUCGGGGAAUGGGAAAGGAGGAACUUCUGCCUGCGGUUUGAAGCGGGCAGGUCGGGCGCGACCUGGGGAGAGGGUGGGAUCGUUUCAGGACCCUGGACAGCGCCGGCUGGCCGGUCGCCUGUGCUUUCCGGCAGCCUGAGCUUCAGAUCCACCCAGAGUCUCCACCAACAUGCCUGGGAAUCUCUGGAAGUCCCCCCGAGAGGCACCUGCCAUGUCCCCUUGCCGCUCCAUCUCUGACGCCUACCCUCUGCUCACCAAGGGGCGCAUGGCUACCUGGUAAGAAAUGGACUUGGCAGGAGUUCUCUUGGCUUUUUUCCUGGUGUUGGUGCUCGUUAUUUCUCUGCUGUCCAACCUGCUGGUGCUGCUAUGCUUCAUCUACAGUACCGAGCUCCGCAAGCAAGUCCCCGGGGUCUUCCUGGUGAACUUGUCCUUCUGCAACCUGCUCCUGACAGUCUUAAACAUGCCCUUCACUUUGCUGGGGAUCCUGAGAAACCAGCCGCCCGUCGGUGACUGCAUCUGCAAAGCGGUGGGCUUCCUAGAAACUUUCCUCACCUCCAACACCAUGCUGAGCAUGGCAGCCCUCAGUAUAGACAAGUGGAUUGCCGUGGUGUUCCCCUUGAGUUACACCAGCAAGAUGCGGUACAAAGACGCCGUGAUUCUGAUGAGCUAUUCCUGGAUUCAUUCCUUGACCUUCCCUUUGGUCUCCUUGUUUUUCUCUUGGGUAGAUUAUAGCAACGUGUACGCCUCUUGCACCUUGCACCUGGGAGAAGAGACGGAGAGGAGGAGGUUUACCGUGUUCACCAUCGUGUUCCACGCCACCAGUUUCAUGCUGUCCCUGGUGAUACUGUGUUUCACCUACUUAAAGGUGUUUAAAGUGGCCAGGUUCCACUGCAAAAGGAUAGACAUUAUUACAAUGCAAACGCUGGUUUUGCUGGUAGAUAUCCAUCCCAGCGUCAAACAGCGUUGUCUUAAUGAGCAGAAAAGGAGGCGGCAGCGGGCUACUAAGAAAAUCAGUAUUUUUAUAGGGUCUUUCGUGAUCUGCUUUGCUCCUUACAUUAUCACCAGGUUGAUAGAACUUCUUCCUUUUGUUACCAUAAACUACUACUGGGGGAUUGUAAGCAAGUGCCUCACCUACAGUAAGGCUGCAUCAGAUCCAUUUGUUUAUUCUCUUUUACGUCAACAGUACAAGAAAGUCAUGAUCAACAUUGUCAAUAGGAUACUUAAAAGGGAUCUGUAUCCUUCAUCUGGCUACAACAGCUCUCUAGACACUGAAAAUGAUUAUUGCUUACACAGAACAUGCUAACAUCCUGACAGUCAUUAGUCUUCAAGUUAGGUCUGACUUUUGCCACCAGAAGGAUAUCACCUGAUCUAUCACGUGUUGACUGGACAAUGGUGAAGCAUACCUUUUGGAUAUGAAACCUGGAUUCCUGUAGUGCAUUUGAUUGUGGGCUUUCAAAACAGGCUCUUCCAUUGUCUGCAUUUAGUACAGAAUGAAGCCACAGAGAGACUGUCAGGGAUGGGCAGAGGUGAUUCUGCCAGGCCACUACUUUGCCUUCUGCACUGACUGCUUCUUGGCAAGUGGAGUAAGUUCAAGGUUUGGGGUUUAACUUUUAAAGCCUAUAACAUUCCAGAUGCCGUGUCCUGGUAUUUUACAGAGGAUCCAGCAUACUACUCUCUUAAAAUAAAGAUUCUGCGACCAUUGGAGCCUAGGGCAUGAACAGAUAGUUGGAGCACCAUUUGUACAGUAUAUUUGCAUCUGCAAUCCUGGAUUUGUCUCAGUUUUAGAACAUUUUAAAAGAGUAUUUUAAUUGAUGGCUUGAUGUAUUGAUGCCUAGAAUGGGUAUUAUGGAUGGGCACUUUGAAAAUGAGAUUAUUAUUAUUUAUUAUAAGACAACAUGAUUGUAACAUAAACUUUAAAAGUAGUAUGUGUAUUCAGUAUGCCAGUAUUUUAUCAAGCAUAACCAAAGUUAUCUUGUUACUAUGUAUCUGAUUUACUAAUAUUUAGCACUUUUGUGAUACCACAUAAUUACAAUAAUCGCAGUGACAGCAACAAAGACAUAAUCAGAGUUUAGUUAACUAGCAUUGUAAUUUAUGUCACUGAGCCAGGUCCACUCAACAUACCUUUCACUAGGAGGAAAUCAGGACAAUUAGUUUGUAGAAGUGACACUAUAUUUAAGAUAUUUUUUGUUCAAGAGCUAUCUGAUAACAUAUACCAGGAUAAAAGAGAGUAAUUAUUUUUAAAGAAAAUAUAAUGGGGAAAAAUCUUUCACACAUCAGGUAAAUUUGGUGAAUAGCAGCAAUAUGGUAUGAGCUUUUGCCUUUGAUUUACCUAUUUAAUUACUUUAUUACUGCUUAAUUAUUAUUUAUUAUUAUUAUUAUUAUUAUUAUUAUUAUUAUUCAUCUAAAAAGUCUUUUGGUAAAUACUGGAACAAAUUAUGAACAGUAGUCCAUCAAUUAUAUGCUAUAAUGGAUAUGAAUGAGCAGUGUUCUGUGGAGCUCAAUAAAUUAAUGUUUUGUAGCCAAACAAAAUCAAUUUUAAAAUGUAUUUUUAAGAAGAAGAAUACCUACAAGACAAAGUAUAGAGUUUGUCUUUAUUUUUUAGGUUAUAGUAGCAUUAAAAUUAGGGAUAGAAUAUUGGCCUUGAUCCUGCAAAAAGCUGAGAAUUCUGAUUUUGAUUCAGCAAAGCACUUAAGCAUGUGGUUUACUUUAAGCACUUACGUAAGUCCUAUUGAAGUCAAUGGGACUAUGCACAUGAUUAAAGUUAAGCAUAUGUUUAAGCACUUUGCAGGACCAGGGUCAGGUGUUCAGCAGCUUGAAGGACUGAGCCCAUUAUUUGCAAUCUGAGAGGAUUAUAGGGCCCUAUUAAAAUCUCACUGAAGUCAAUGAAAAGGCUCAUACUGCAUAACAAAUACAAUGUCAUCAUGUUAUCCUCUGCUUUCAAAAGUUGAGGCCUUUCUAAUGCUCUAUUGCCAUGCAAGUAAAUUAGGCCUCCAUGUUCUGCACCUAUAGCUGGCUAGUGUUAAAGCUGAAUGUGCUUUAUCAUGACUUUGUCUCCUUAGUAAAGUAUUUGUAAUCUCUCUAAUUUUGUGUAAAUACAAUACUUCAGAAAAAGUAUUUGUGUAUGACAUGUUCAGUUUUCCUUUCUUCCUUCUCCUCCCCUCCCUCUACUCCCUAUAAUAAUGAAACCUGGUGUUUAAAUCUUUUAUAGCGACUGCAUCAGCAGUGUAACAAUUAGACAUCUCUCCUGGAGGAAUGCUAAUUUGUUUUAGAGCCUAGCAUUUUUGUGCCAAAAAGUUUUGAUGUGCUCUGACAUCUGUCACUACGACAUUGAUCUGUAAACUUUGGUGCAUUUAAUGAUAGCUGCAAUGUUUAGCUGGACUAUAGUUUUUUAAAGAAAAUGCUGCUCCCUUUGAGUAUUACAUUUCAUACUUAGCUGAAUGUAUUGCAAAAUGUGACCUCCAAAACAAUAUGGAAAUGAAUAAAAUAUUAUUUGUGUUUACAUUUUCUAGUGUUAAAUGAAUAUGGGAGGAGAAACAUAAGCUAUUAUGACAAUAUCUGAAAUCAGGACAGCACUCUUUUAAAAAUCAAGAGCCAGAACCCGGUGAAGCCUGGUGCACCUCUUUUGAAGUCAAGUGAACGGUGCUGAUUCAUACCAGCUGAGGAUAGAGUGUCAGGCAUAUAUUUUGUAAUAGAAGCUCAAUGCAGCAAGAUGCUUAGUGCCCUCAGUUCCCAUGAACUUCAGUUCCAGAAGUUACUAAGCAUCUUUCAGGAUGGAGCCCUAAAAGCAGAUAAUUCAGAUGUAUAAAUUAGCACUUGAUGUACCUUUGUGAAUAAUCAUCAUCACAGAAUGAUUACUGAAUAUGGAAUUAUCCCACCCUAGUCUGACUAACACAGAGAGAUUUUUAACUUCACUUUGACAGACAUAUGCAGCAUUCUUCUGUUUCAGGCUGCCUAUAUGAAAACUACAGUGAAAUCAGAAUUCUUUAAGCAUCAUUUUAACCCACGUGUUACAGUGCAUUUAGAAAGUGAUCUUAAGUUCGGUGAGUGGGGGCUAAACUUAAGGUUGCUUGAAAAAAAUAGCAGCUUUGAAUCUUAAUGUGUUAAAAUUACCCUUAGAAAUGCAGUUCAUCAUUUUGUGAGAUACCUAAUACUCAACUAGACAAAGCCCUUGAAAAGAUACUGUAGAGAAAAAAGCCUGUACUAGCAGGGAGAUGGGGACUAGAUGACACAAUGAGCAUGUUUUUUUUUUCCAAAAAAGUUACAUGUGCAGUUGUGCAUACAGAAAUGCCUGUGCAAUUAUGUGUACAAUUUCAUGGACACGCAGCAUGAUUCAGGUAUUUGUAUCUGCAAGUGUCCUGGUGUGUUUGUAAUUAAUGUGGAUAGCCAGUGUGUGUAUCUUAUCAUGGUAACUACACGAGCAGGUUAGGUGCACAGUUGUGCAUCUGAUUUUUUGCAAAGCAGGUCUAAGUAAAUCUCUCCAGUCCGUGGGUCAGAUUCUGUGCUGUACAUUGACAAAGCACAGAAGGCUGAGGCAAGAAUUUAAACCACCUUUGUGUCCUCCCAGUGUUGGCAAAAUGGCAACGGACAUAAUUUAUGCAGCCAAGGGGAUGCUCUAAGGGCAGGUCUACACUAACCCCCCAAUUCGAACUAAGGUACUCAACUUCAGCUACGUGAA